GGAAGAUGAAGCUGAAGGUUGUGUAUCGCAAGGUCUCCGAUUACAUCCGUCACGAUCUCAAAGAAAUCGUCUUACCUUCUUCACUUCCCGAUCCUCCUCACGUCGUUAAACGCCGCAAAUUGACUUGGCACGAACGAUUUCUCGUAUUGAAGGAAGCUUCAAGGCUCUAUGCUGCAAGCUGGGUGCGAGAUAUAGGUCCUGAGCUUCGUCCUAAUGAUUACAAGAAGCAGGGUGAUGCUGAACCUAAGAAACAAGCCAAAGACACUGAGAAGGAGCCCUCUGUUUUGGAAGAUCUUGCGGUAGCUGCAAGAGGUGGCAUGGAGACUUUAAGACCUGCUUUACAUCGUGUGUACAUGACACGAGCUUCUAAUUACAAAGAUGCUCUUGCAAGCUUUGUAAAAGGUUACCAUGAGGGUGUCCAGCAAGUUAUGCAGAACAAAGAAGAGGCUCAGGUCCCUAAAGAUGAAUCAUCCGACAACUCUAAAAAGACUUCAUGAGCUUUACUAUUCAUUAGGUGAAUGCGAGUAUGUGUUUUGUUAAAUCUUGGAUUAUUUGAUUGUACCGCAAGAUUCCAGAGACUUCUAUCUACGUUCGAUGUAGUCCUUUACGCAAAAUGUAGCCUAUUUGUGAAGCAACUUCUAGAAAAGAACAAAUAUAUAUUUAGC